AUUAGGUUAACAAGAACAACUUUAACCCAUUAUCAUUGUAGGUUAACUAGGCCCGCUGAAGUGUCGGAAAGGAUGGAGUACAAUUCGGACGAACUUUGCGCUCCUUCGUGGUUGAACGAUGAGUUUUUUCUGAAAGUGAUGAGAGAGUUCGAAAACGAUGCCACGGUGCGCUUGACGGCCGAUUGUCCGCUACGGCCCGGUACGAAAGCUGGUGAUCAUUUCGCCAGCGUCAUGUACCGAACGAAGGCCCAAUAUCGGGCCACGAACGGUGAGCAGAAAUCAAUUGACCUCAUUGUGAAGAUAAAGCCGACGAUGGAUGGGCUGAAGAAGGAGUUGCUUGAUGAGGAUGACUUUUUUGGAAGAGAAAUCCGCAUGUACACUGAUGUGCUUCCGCGAAUGGGUCAGCUGUUGGCGGGCAUCGGAGAGGACUACAAAUACCCCAGACUGGUCUAUUCGUCUCGCACGCCUCAUACCAUCCUCGUGCUGGAGGACAUAAGCUCCGAAGGAUGGGUUACGCAAGGGUUGGUACCAACAUUCGCGGAACUAAAGCCCGCCGUGCGCAAUAUUGCGAAAUUUCACGCCGCCUCGAUGGCACUGGCACAGAGUGUAAGCCACAUUAAACCGUUACGGGGGUUGGUCCUCAAUUUGGCUAAUUUUGAGGAACGCUUUUGCCAGGACCCAUCGUUCGUCGUCCUGAACAAAUGCACCGUACUGGACACGUUUCGAACGAUGAAACCCAUGACGGAUGCUUGUUUCGCGUCGUUCAUUCGCUUCGUGAGCGACACUCUGAACCUACCGGAGUUCGUGGGACCGCUGGAACGCUUUCACGAGCAGUUAACCGAUCAUCUGAAGGCGGCGUACGCCACAUCGACCGUCUGUGCGAACGUGCUCAUCCAUGGAGACUUCCAUUUCAAAAACCUACUCCAUCUACGGCGUGCGGACCAAAUUAGCGACACCGUGUUCGUGGACUACCAAAUGUGUGGCUGGGCUUCGCAGGUGGUGGAUCUGAUUUAUCUCACCUAUAUGAUACCGGAGCAGUCGGUUAAGGACAACCAUCGCGAUGAGAUUGUGUACUGUUACCAUCAGACGUUCGGUAGCAUCCUGCAACAGCUGCAAAUGGGCGAUCACGUUCCCAGACUGAUCGAUGUACAAUCGGAACUUUUGCGAGUUGGUGGCCUAGAACUCUUUCACUACGUUGUGUUCUCGGCGUUUCGCUACAUCGACAUGUCCACGGUUGAUCCUGAAGCGUUUUUCUUGGGGCGCAUCGAAAAUCCUGCCUUCGAGAUGGCAGAAUUUAGAUGUACUAUCGCAAAGGAGUUGAACCGGUUCCGGCACCAGGGCAUCUUGGAGGUUGCAAAGUGGCCCCGCGAAUCAGUUUCAGUUUCGCGGCUACAGUCUCCGAUAGCGGACGGGUAUUCGCUUGUGUUUGCGAUGGCGUACAAUCACGACGAACUGGUCGCUCCGGCCUGGUUGAACGAUGAGUUUUUCCUCAAAGUUGUGCGCGAAUUAGACAACGAUCCAACGAUCGAGCUCACCGCGGAAUGUGUCCUGCGUCCCGGUACGAAGGUGGGCGAUCACUAUGCUAGUGUUAUGUUCCGUACGACUGUGAGCUACCGAUCGAAGCGCAGUGAGGAGGAGAACUCGAUCAAUCUGAUCAUGAAAACGAAGCCCGAAGCGGAAGGGUUGAAGAAGGAUCUACUAGAGGACAACGAUUUGUUUGCGAUCGAAAUUCGAAUGUACUCCAAAGUGUUGCCGGAAAUGGCGAGACUGUUGAAAGAGAUUGGCGAGGAGUACAAGUAUCCGAGGUUUAUCUACGGCACUUUGCAGCCGCACGCAAUUCUUAUACUGGAGGACAUCAGCAACCAGGGCUGGGUGAUGGCUAAUCUCAUCAAAACUUUCGACGACAUGAAACCGAUCGUAAAGGACAUUGCCAUGUUUCAUGCGGCCUCCGUGAUCAUAGAAAGCAAUGAUCCCAAGUUUGUGGCCGAGAACAGCUUUUCGAUGGCGGAGACAAUGCUGGGAUUCGAGGGACUGAUCAACAAGGGGUUUGGGGAGUUGUUUCAUCUGACGAAAAUGUAUCCCGAGUUUGCCCACUUCCAGAACCCGCUGGAGAACUUUGAAAGAAAUCUUCGGGACUUUUAUGUGGCCCUCUACAAACCUUCGAAAACGUUCCAGAACGUGCUGAUCCACGGUGAUUUUCAUUAUAAAAAUAUGCUCCAUCAAAUCGAUGGCGAAGGGCGGCACACAGAUACCGUUCUGCUUGACUAUCAGAUCUGCAGCUGGACGACGCCGGCGAUCGAUCUGUACUUUCUGCUCGACGCGAUUCCGGAGCAAGACGUGAAGGACAAGCAUCGCCAUGAGCUGAUCUAUCUGUACUAUCAGCAGUUCAGUGAUCUGCUGAGGCGAUUGGGUUUCCUGGGUAAAAUACCUACGCUUCUGGACCUGCAGAUGGAGCUUCUACGAUGCGCAGGACUCGAAAUGUUCCACUACGCUGUCUUCAUGUCGUUCCGCUACCUGGAUCCAACUUCGAUGGAUUUUGAAGGCUUGCUCAAGGGUGAAAUCGACAAUCCUGUAUUGAACAAUCCCGAGUACAAAAAGCUGAUGCAUUACGUUCGACGGGUUAUUCCCUUAAUCGAUUCCACGAUGGCAUAUAAUCACGACGAGUUGGAGGCUCCGGCCUGGUUGAACGAUGAGUUUUUCCUCAAAGUGGUGCGCGAAUUAGACAACGAUCCAACGAUCGAGCUCACCGCGGAAUGUGUCCUGCGUCCCGGUACGAAGGUGGGCGAUCACUAUGCUAGUGUUAUGUUCCGUACGACUGUGAGCUACCGAUCGAAGCGCAGUGGGGAGGAGAAGUCGAUCAAUCUGAUCAUGAAAACGAAGCCCGAAGCGGAAGGAUUGAAGAAGGAGCUGCUCGAUGACGAUAGCUUGUUUGUGAUCGAGAUUCGUAUGUACUCCAAAGUGUUGCCGGAGAUGGCAAGACUGUUGAAAGAGAUUGGUGAGGAGUACAAGUACGCGAGGUUUAUCUACGGCACUUUGCAGCCGCACGCAAUUCUUAUACUGGAGGACAUCAGCAACCAGGGCUGGGUGAUGGCUGAUUUUGUAAAAACCUUCGACGACAUGAAACCGAUCGUGAAGGAUAUUGCAAUGUUUCAUGCGGCUUCGAUCGUGAUGGAAGCUAAUGAUCCCCAUUUUGCCGCGGAGAAUAAAUUUUCGAUGGCCGAAAAGUUUAUGGGUUUCGACGGCAUGAUUCAGCGAGGGUUUGGCGAUCUGAAGGAGUUGAUUCGGAAGAACUCGGCCGAUUUUGCUCACUUCGAGCAGCCGUUGGAGAACUUUCAGAAGAAUCUUCGGGACUUUUAUGUGGCCCUCUACGAACCUUCGAAAACGUUCCAGAACGUGCUGAUCCAUGGUGACUUUCACAGUAAAAAUAUGCUCCAUCAAAUCGAUGGCGAAGGGCGGCACAAGGAUACCAUUCUGCUCGAUUAUCAGAUCUGCAGCUGGACGACUCCGGCGAUCGAUCUGUACUACCUGCUCGACAUGAUUCCGGAUCAAGCCGUGAAGGACAACUAUCGCCAUGAGCUGAUCUAUCUGUACUAUCAGCAGUUCAGUGAUCUGCUUAAGCGAUUGGGUUUCCUGGGUAAAAUACCUACGCUUCUGGACCUGCAGAUUGAGCUCUUACGGUGUGGAGGACUCGAGCUGUUUCACUACGCGGUCUUCAACUCGUUCCGGUACAUGGACCCAAACACUUUGGACAUCGAAGCGCUCCUUAAGGGCGAAGCAGAAAAUCCUGCUUUAGGUAAUCCCGAGUUCCAGAAACUGAUGUUCGUCGAACUAACCCGAUUCUUGCGGCAAGGAAUUAUGAGCAGUGCUUAAAACGUGGCUCACAAUCGCAAUCGCGCGCGCGCGUGCGUUCAGCGGGUGACGGAUUAUGUGAAGAUAACGAAAUA